AAAAAAGGGUGUAUAAUGAGUAGUGAGCAAACAUCUUUACUACAACAGAAACCGCCAAGGUCCACUCGACCCAAGGCACGUAGAAGACGAUCUUCUUUUGAUCCUGCCACGUAUAAUAGUAUUGGCACUAUAGCCGAUACACCUUCCGAUGGAGGUUCUGGUAGAGAACCAGGCCUCUCGCUUGCUCAAAUCUUGGGUCUUACCAUUUGCAUGGCUGGUGUCCAAUUUACAUGGACUGUAGAAUUAUCGUAUGGUACACCGUAUUUGUUAUCACUUGACUUAUCAAAGGAACUGACGGCAUUAGUCUGGCUAGCCGGGCCUUUGUCUGGUCUUCUUGUGCAACCCUUGAUUGGCGCUUUCAGUGACAAGUGUACGUCUCGGUUUGGUAAACGCCGACCUUUUAUUGUGGUAUCGGGGUUCCUGACCUGUUUAUCCAUGAUUGGCGUCGCUUAUGCAAAGGAAUUUGGUGCCUGGAUUGCACGUCAUUUUUAUUCCCCUGACUCAUUUGACCAAACUGCGCACUUGUAUGCGAUCAUUGUGGCCGUCUCUUCUUUCUACUUUCUCGACUUUACUUUAAACGCCGUACAAGCUAUUUGUCGCGCCCUGAUCCUAGACAUUCCCCCUUUAUGGCAACAAGAAUAUGCAAAUGCUUGGAGUGCCCGUAUGAGUAACUGUGCCAUGGUGGUGGGCUAUUUUGUAGGCUUUAUGGAUCUGGUAAAGUAUUUCCCUUGGAUGGGUGAUUCUCAAAUCAAGGUCUUUUGUAUUGUGGCUAUGGCUGUCUUUUUAGUCACGUUGGCCAUCACCUGUGUCCUGGUACAGGAGAAGCAGCACGUCGAGACCGAGGACCAGGAUACCUUACCUUGGUAUAAUACCUUGCAGUAUAUUUGGCGUGCUUUUCGCUUCUUGCCAAAACCCAUUCAAUCGCUGUGUAACACCCAGUUCUUUGCAUGGAUGGGUUGGUUUCCUUUUCUGUUUUACAGCACGCAGUGGGUAUCGGAUCUUUACUUUAUAGCGCACCCACCUACGUCAGCCGAAGAUGUCAACUGGGCCGAAGGUACACGAGCAGGCUCAUUUGCACUACUGUGUAACUCGAUGGUGUCUGUAGUAGCCGGUAUGGUAAUUCCAGCUUUGGUAAUGCGAUUUGAGAAAAGGGUAUGGUGGUUGUCCCUCAUGAAUGUGUACACGGGGUCUCAGUUGAUUAUUGCUGCAGCCCUUUUAUCCACCUGGUUCAUUCGGUCCGUAUCUUGGGCCACGUUAGUAUUGGCCAUUAUGGGUAUUCCUUGGGCCAUUGUGCUCUGGAUUCCCUUUUCUCUUGUGGGCGAGUAUGUUAGUUAUGAAGAUGAGCAGCGUAAAAAAGGUGCGAGUGUGGUCGUGGUUGGGUCGGAGGAUCAACAGGAUGAUUUUGACGCCGGCAUGAUCUUGGGUGUGCAUAAUAUGUACAUUGUCUUUCCUCAAUUUGCUGUGGCUAUUAUUUCUUCCUUAAUUUUUGCGGCUUCUGCUGCAGAGGGUCCUGUGCAAGGGAAAGAUGGAUCCAAUGUGGCUACAGUCUUGGCAUUUGGUGGGUUGAUGGCAUUAAUUGCUGCUGUUGCUAGUCGGUAUAUUGUACGUGUCAAUAAAUAAAUAAAAGCUCCAUCAUGUUGCACAGUG